GGAUAGUCAGUGUAGGUAGAACUAUCUGACUGUAGUACCUAUCGCAACAAAAAUCAAGAAACAAUGGCCUCUUAUAUCACAGCACAAUCCCUUUAUCUGGAUCUCCAAGUGUCCUACCAGCACAACAUGAGAAUUCAAGACAACCAUUUAUAUCAAGUAGGUAUGUAUGGGCCUGGCUAUUGAGGGAGGUACGUAGUAAGAAGUUGCUAGGAAAAAAAAAGAAAAAGUCAGAUCUAUAUUCCAGCAAACCCUCAUUCGGAUCUCUCACUACAGCCUUGAAAAGAUGGAUUCUUUUGAAAACCAUAUCCAGAAGCUCUGGAGCGCUUUUUUGGAUGACAAAAUACUCUACGAGUUUAUUCCCAGAAUCGUUGCCAUCUUCCUCGGCGGAAGCCGGUUAUAUCUCGAAGAAGGAGAAGGAGAAGGAGAAGGAGAAAAUGCCGCCCCUAGAGGGUGGGACGGCGUGAUCGUCGUCGACGAGAAGUAUCAGUUACACAAUCUCACGUACCGCCGCGAGCGCCUAAGAGCACUGGUGGGGAUCGAGAGAGAAGAGUGCGCGGAGUCGGCGCUGCAGGUGCCGCGCCCGGGACUCCGCGACCCGAGAUGGGACGAGUACAUGUGCACGUCGCUCAACAUCCUGUCGUACAGAGAUCAGCGCGUGCAUAAGACAGUAGGGCCGGGUCCGGCUACGUCAUAUCAGAUCCAUCAGUCGACGGUUGACUUUUCGAAGAAGGUGUACUGGCUGCACGACCAGUGGGUUUACUCGGCCUCUAGUGGACCCCAGCAGAACUCGCGAGGAGGAGGAGGGGCGUUCGGGAUCGUCGCCGAUUUGAUUGUUUCGGGAGUAUGUCUCUUUGGAUACGAACAGUGUAAGCACUGGCGCCAUAGAAACGAGCGGCAUGGGCGGAAGAUCAAGGAGAAUAUUUUGGCGCAUUACGCAGAAGUUACGUCGAAGCGUGCAACUGUCGACUCUUUUGCCAAAUCGCACUACUUCUCCCCUCGCUACGCGGAGUGGCUAAAGCAGGAACUCGCUGGUCUCCAGGGUACUUCUGAAAACGAAUCACCGGCUGAAUCGUUAGACUCGGGAACAGGAACAGACGAGUCUCUUGUUGCUGCUGCUAGUGAGCCUACAUUUAUAUUCGGAAGUACUACCGGAUCCGACGGCGUUCCUACCAGAGACUACAGCUACCGCUCCAGCAUGUCCACGUCCAACGUGGCCCCGCUCGGCAUCAUCCCCGAGGCCGCCUACCAUGAUUUCGAGCGCCGCCGCAUCACCGCCCCCCUCACGAACGAGCCGCUGCCCCUCGGCUCCAGCGAGGACUUCUACUUCGUCGAGACGACGGGGCGGGACCCCAUCAAAAUCCUCUGCAAGAAAUCUUCGCGGGCCCGGGAGGAGAAAGACGCCGCCGAGCUCGCUAUCCAGUACUACUACCCCAACACCCCCGUGCCGCGCCUCUUCGAGUCCGACACGCUCCUCUAUCCCUUCGUCUCGGGCAUCUCCGAGUCCGACCUCCGCCUCGCGUUCGCGAAGGAGGGCGGCCGCGACUGGGACGUCGCGGAGAGGAUCCUCUACGCCGAGCUGGCGAAGGCCGAGGACGCGGUGCGCGGGUACCGCGUAUAUCUCACGCAGCAAUUCGCACGGCGGCCGGAGGGCAACUGCCUCAACUCCCCCCUGCACCUCUUAUUCCACGGCCGUCUGCUCGGCCACGCGCGGCUGCGGGAGCUGUACGGCGCCUCGAUCCGCAUCGCGGGCGCCCCCGUCCCCCUCGCGCGGUUCCUGCGCAUGCCCUGGACGAUCAACGGCAAAGCCUACCCCUCGCUCGGCUCCGCCCUCGCCCGCGCCCGGCGCAUCCUGCGCCCGAGCACCUCCUCGUCGUGCCCGGCGGUCUUCGGGCUCGGCGUCGCGCACGGCGGGACCGUGGUCGUCUCCCACGGGCCACCAGCCGAGACCGAGACCCGGCCCUGCGAGCUGCAGUACACGGACUACGCGGCGGCGGGCUUCCACCCCGCGGUGCUGGACCUCGCGGCGCCGCUGUACACGGACGUCUUCGAGACGCUGUACGCGGACCUCCUGCCCAGAACUGGGCAGGGCGCCAAGUUCCGCGUCUCGGAGGGCAACGAGAUGACGCUCGACUUCGUCCCCCGCGCUGGCGCAGGCGGUGCUGGACGUCAAGGUGCGGUACCUGGUGCAGCCGCUGUCGGAUUUGAUCGCCACCGCCCAAGCCCAAGCCCGAGCCGAAGCCGAGGCUGAGUUGAGAGGAAAGGAGGAGGAGGAGGAGGAGGAGAAGCGCUCUCGGGGCUUUGCGAGGCGUUUGCGAAGUUGGGGUUUGCUGUGC